UGUCAUCGGGUGUUUGUUUUGAUCUAGAUUUUCUUUUAAUUUCGUGUUUUUAUUUUCUUUACUCUUCAGAAUGUUGGGAAAUCUCAAAGAAUUCCUUUCAGUGGUUCAAGACGGCCUUACAUCUAACAAUAACUUACGUCAGACCUUGCAAGAAGUUCAAAAAGUCAAAAACAUUUUUAGGGACAAGCAAAAGGUAACUAGCGAAAGUAAAGUGAACUAUGGAGCUGGUGCAAAACUGUUAGAAAAGUAUCAAGAAGAUUGGGCCGAGUUACAUGAAAAUGCGGAUAAAAAUUCAAAAGCAGCUGAAGAAGUCGACAAACUAAUACUCGAACUGCAUGAAACUACAAAAGCUCGAUUGCAAAGUGCGACAGAGCUAGCUCAAAAUUUGUCCCAAUUACCGAAUUUAACGGCCUCCGUGGCGCAGUGUAUGAACAGUUUGAAGAAUGUACAAACUUUAUUAACUGAAGUUGAGAACCAACUAGUUGAAUUCGAAGAUAUUGUGGAGAGAAGCAACAUGGAAAAAUGGAAACUUGAUCAUCAUUACCAACUUGCAUUGUACAAGGAAAAGAAAAUGGCUGGGUUAGAAGAAAUACGUAACCAACUUGCAAAACAGAAUUUAGAGAAAAACUAUGAAAUGGAAAAGAGGCAGCUUGCGGAGUUACAGGCAAAGAGAGAUAGAAGUGCUAUAGCAUUUCAGAGUGAUAUGGCCAAGUACCUGGCUAGUGGGAAUGUACCAGUAGCUCCAUCAUCGCCACCAAAAGUUACACUAGAACAAAUACAACUAGACGAUGACCGGAGCGACUUGGAGAAAUUUUUAGAAAGUUGAUUUAUGAAAUAACAAGAGACUUGUACAUCGGUGAUAAAAACAGAGCUUUUAUUAUAAGGUUGAUGUUAUAUAAUUGUAUUUUAAAAUAUAUUAAAUAUUGUUUACUGUUUUA